UUUGGUCUUCUUGACUCUUCACGUUGAAAACAAGAAAGAGAGAGAGAAAGAAAGUAAUGGCGUACAGCGCAGGCUUCUUGCACCAAAGUGCACUUACCUCCUCAGCUGCACGAUCAUCUUCCUCUUCCUCGUCGGUUCAUCACGUGACCUUAUCGAGACCCCUCCAUUUAGUAUGCAGAGCUCAACAGUCUCAAGAAGACAUCAACUCCGCCGUCUCCCGCCGUCUUGCCCUCACCUUCCUCGUCGGUGCUGCCGCCGUCGGAUCCAAAGUCUCUCCUGCUGAUGCUGCCUAUGGUGAAUCCGCAAAUGUUUUUGGGAAGCCAAAGACCAACACAGACUUCAUGCCGUACAAUGGAGAAAGAUUCAAAAUCGAGAUCCCAUCGAAGUGGAACCCAAGCAAAGAAGUUGAGUAUCCAGGACAAGUCCUAAGGUUCGAAGACAACUUCGACGCCACAAGUAAUGUCUCUGUAAUGGUCACUCCAACAGACAAGAAAGCCAUCACUGAUUACGGUUCUCCCGAACAGUUUCUUUCUCAGGUCAAUUAUCUCCUUGGAAAGCAAGCUUACUUCGGAGAAACCGCCUCUGAGGGAGGGUUUGAUGCAAAUGCAGUGGCAACUGCAAACAUUCUUGAAACAUCAACACAAGAGAUCGGUGGGAAAAAGUACUAUUACUUGUCGGUUUUGACAAGAACAGCUGAUGGAGAUGAAGGCGGGAAGCACCAGCUGAUCACAGCCACUGUGAAUGGUGGGAAGCUUUACAUCUGCAAAGCACAAGCAGGAGACAAGAGGUGGUUUAAAGGAGCUAGGAAAUUCGUCGAGAAUGCUGCUACUUCCUUCAGUGUUGCUUGAAACUAACUAAAUCGAAAUACACUAAUGGAAUGCUCUGUUAUUUUCUUGUCUUCUUCUUCAUCGUCUCUUGUAUAAAAAAAAGAUGGAUCAAGAAAACAAAACAAGCAUUUGAUAACUAUGAAUUUAAGGUUCUCUGGUUGUUACUAUUGUGAUGAAGCCUUAUCUUUUUUUUA